AUGCACAACGGUUCGCGCAGUAGCAUUUUCAGUCGCUCCGAUACUAGAGCCUCAAAACAAGGUCAUUCCGGUUCAGCCGCAUCAUCAGCUACGCAUCCAGGCACAGAGCAAAAAAAAAAGACCAUUCCGAAACCCCCAAUAUUACUACGCCGUUCCCCCUAUUCGAUCCACAAUGAGUUCCUCAUCUGCAAGAUCUGCCUUGACGCCUUCGACAAGCCUAAAUCAUUGGCAUGUCUACAUACCUUUUGUCAGAAGUGCAUAGAAAAUCACAUCUCUGCUGAGGUCACCUACAACAAGACAGCUGACUAUCAUCACUUUACCUGCCCGCUCUGCCGCAAACGUACCAGCCUCCCCAUUGGCGGCGUUCGAAAACUGCCCGACAACUUUUUCGUCUCUGGCCUGGCGGAUAUGCUCUCCCGAACAAGACACUCCUCACGAUUCACAGAGCUGGUUGGUGGCUCACGCCAUGAGGAUGAAGUGAGCGAGGAGGACUCUGUGUGUGGUCCCCUUGGAGGUCACCACCAGGGGAGAAUAGGCCACGUCGAGAUUUCCGGCUACGGAGAAUGCGAAAUCUGUGGUCAAUUCGGCGACCGAUUAGGUCGUGGGCGGUCCUCUACACCGUCGACCGGCAGAAACACUCUGGGUGUGGAGACGACAAAUCAGCGGGCCAACUCAGCAGCCAUAUCGGCUGUCCCGAAGGCCACCUCGAAGUGUCUCGACUGCGGCAAGUUGCUCUGCGACCUAUGUGUCAAAAGGCAUAGGGAGAUCAGGGUUACGAAGGACCAUGCGAUUUUCAGUCUGGCCACGGGGAGUGCAAUCGCGUGCAAGGAGCACCCAGAGGAGCCGGUGCGCUUCUAUUGCGAAGCCUGUUCCACAUGCGUCUGUGUGCUCUGCACUUUCAACGAUCACCGCGAACAUGAGAUGAAGAGCUUCGGAGAGGCCAUCCAAAAAUUGAGAGUAGAGUUACGCAGGAAGGUGAAUGAGACCCAGGCCCUUAUUCAGAAAACACGACAAUGGUUAGCAGUCAUUGAUGACGCAGCUGAAAUGGUUCACAAGGUUGAGCACGACGUUCGGGAAUGUGCUGACAGGGCUAUUGAUGAAAUUCACCGUCAGGAGGACAAGUUGAUAGAGCAAUUGCACAGCCGAGUGGGCCGACCGACGAUGCAGACAAUAGAGCGGGCGCCGGAGUGGGAGUGUCAACUCUCGCGCCUUGAGUCCGUGCACGCUGAGGUAGUGGAGCUCUUGGAGGGUCAGGACCUCAACGUACUCCUUUACACCCGUGGUGACAUCAAGGAGAAGCUGGGCAAGCUGAUGCAGCUCGAGGUGGCCGGCGCCUUACCCUCUACCGCCUGCCCCAAAACCCUCUUCGCUCCUCAACCUCUUUGUCUCGGACACCUCAUCUUUUCCGACGACCCCGUUCAAGGAAAGGGUAAACAAUCCCUACCCAUGUCGUCUCCUGAUCUUGGAAACGCCAGGAUUUCAGCAACAACGCAGACAGAUCAGCAAGUGCUGUCGUUAGAUGAAGCACCACAACCGACGACGAAGGAAACAGCGAGUGAGGCAAAUGUUACGUCAGCGAUCAAGCAGGUACGCCACCGGGCCAUAAACACAGAGGUGACUCCCCGCGUCGAUCAAGAAACGAACACGCGUCCUCGUGGUGUAAACGUCUCCAUCACAUUCGGAGGCGACGAACAAGUGGACCUGGUAGACAGCUAUCUCCUUGCCAUCAAGGACAUUGAGGAGUCGGGCCAUGAUGCCGCCUUUGCCGCAAUGGACAAUCUCACGAGGGCGCGGUUGCGUCGCAAGUUGAAGGAACGUUGGAACACAGUUGACAGCCCCGAAAUCUCCGACACCAGCACCGUCAAAGCUGCCACGCCGACGGGCUCGGCAAAAACUUUUCAUCGUCGUUUUAGUGAUUAUCGUAACCUCUGGCCUUAA